AUGAGUGAACAGACCCAUGUGGUUCCACCAUCCUGCCGGGGCCCCGGUCCCCUGACGGCCCUGCACCGAGCUGCCGCGGUGGGGAACAGGGCCGCCAUGGCAGCCCUGAUUCAGGGCGGCUGUGCUGUGGACCUGCAGAGCACAGACGGCAACACUGCGCUGCACGAGGUGUCCUGGCACGGCUUCUCUCACUGUGUUAAACUGCUGGUCAAGACCGGAGCUGAUGUACACAUUGGGAACAAGGCCGGAAACACAGCGCUCCACCUGGCCUGUCAGAACGCACAUGCACACACGGCUCGCCUCCUGCUGCUGGGUGGAUCCUCGCCAGACUCCAAGAACCAUGUGGGUGACAGCUGUCUGCACGUGGCGGCUCGCUACGACAACCUGACCCUGGUAAAGAUCCUGUUGGGUUCUCUGUGCUCCGUGACAGAGAGGAACCAGGCCGGAGACACAGCUCUCCAUGUGGCUGCUGCUCUGAACCAUAAGAGGACAGUUCGCCUGUUAUUGGAGGCCGGGACCGAUGGGACAAUCACAAACAAUGCAGGUAAAAGAGCCCUUGACGAGGCCAGAGAUAACAACCACAGAGACAUGGCACACCUCCUGGUCGGGGCUCCACAGGUUCAUCGCUUCAUGCAAAGAAGAACAAUAAGGAGAAGAAAAGAGAGACUGGCAGCUUCUUGCAGGAUCCAGUCUGUGACUGGGGAACUUAUUCUAAACAAACCGCUGUUCAAGAAGCUGGAGAGCAACCUGGAAGCCUCGCAGGAGGACAUGAGGCGGCACAUCCUGAACGUGCAGGAGCAGGUCAACGUUGGACUGGCCCAACUGGACCAGAGGAACAGACACCAGAUUAAAGUGUUGGACAUGCUGAAUCAGGAGAGAGCAGCAGCAGAGAGGAAGUCCAUGGUCUACCAGAUGGAGCAGAGAGCUGCUCAGCACAGAGAAGAAGCCCGGGGGACGCAGGCAGCGGUGAGUCGUGAGCUGAAGAGGUGGUGCGUGUCCCAGUUGAAGGACAGAGACGUCCACAUCCCAGCCAAAGCCCGGGAUUACAAACUCCUCCCCUCGUCGUCUGUGGAGCGGUCCGCAGCAGAAGCUGACCUGGAGUCCCUCCCCCUGCUGUCCGUGCUAUCCGGAGACAGCAACACCUCCCUGGCUACCCACGUCCACGUCCCACCAUGCAAAUCAACCAACCGUCCGGGCGGCCCCGAGAAGAAGCACAAGGGGGCCAGAACAAUCGUUGAAAUGAAAGUGGACAGGGCACCAGGCCUGAUAUCAGAUGACAUUGAGAAGACAACCCUGUUUCCUAUGCCGUCCACCCAGACCACAGACCUCCUGCUGUGCUCUGUUGACCCCCUCUGGCAGCCUCGGGAAGUACAGGGCGGGCCUUUCGGAGCAGUGGUGCCCCUGCGAGGGGGGGGCUUCUCAAGCAGCAGCAGCAGCCCGUCCAGCAUCAGUGCCCAGGGACCCAGACUAAUCAAUAAUCAGGAACACCACUGUGACAGGCCAGACAGGAAACACUUUGGAGAACUGAUGAGUGCAGGGAUUCAUACUGAUGGGACCAGAACACUGGAGUUCUUCAUCGACCGACCUGCUAAGCCCACAUUCAGCCAGGAGAGGAACAAUCAGCGGGCUGUGGAGGUGACUCAGCGUUUUUUUGACUCGGUGUCCACGCGGUUGGAAUGUUGGUACGAGAGGAAGGUUGCAGAGAUGGAGCAACAGGCGCAGCUAAGAGCCCAACAGGACACCAAGGAGCUGCUGCAGCAAAUAAGCAAGCUAGAGGAGGAGCUACAGAGGCUGCAGACCAAUGAGAGUGCAGAAGGUAUAUUCUAA